AAAACUGUGAAGUGUAUCCCGAUAUUUGUUUAAAACAUAAAGUCAUUUUUUAAUGAAGUAAAUAAUGUUUAAGGAAUUCUUAUCGGAAAACAGAAAUCACAUUAUGUGAAUUAUUGCAUAAAACUAUAAAAACAUUUUUUUGACAAAUCGGAUUAAUAAUGUAAUAGAAAACAAUGGCCCUCUCAUACGCAGACGUACGCCGGGAUGGCGGACUGGGGAUAUCACGAACCGAGGACGGGUACAUCGAUUUCAACCGCACACGACCCACGGGGCUUACGCAGACCCACGUUGGAGCCUCUAAGAGGAAGAACCCUUUUGGCUGGGGCGCUUUGGGUCCAACCGUCUACCAGCCCAGGGGAGGUUUAAAUCCUGGCCAGAGGUCAACCAAACUAGGUCAAACUUAUAAAGAGGACGACUUGGGUAUGACACGUAUGAGUGACUUCCGGUCUACAAUGCCUCCCCCAGACUAUGGUGCAGGCCAAUGGGAUGAUAUAAGAGACACUCAAGAGGCCGGGAGACCCGAAAUGUACCCACUGGAACAGUUUACAGAACAAGCCGUAAAUUCGUCCGCAGCGGAACAGCGUAAGAGCGCAAAAAGGAAAAGCAGACGAUCUAUGAAAGCUGACGUCGGAGCUACACGAGCGUCCGGUAAAUAUGCUAAUACCGGAUAUGGUGUAAGUAACAAUUAUUACCAACAAGGAGUCCUUUCCGCCACGGGAACACCAUAUUCAUUUGAUCAGUCGGUAGUACCGGAAGGAGCGGACCGGCAGUCUCGCGGUCAUAAUCGCUCGCAUGACUCGGAGGACGUCGCUAGUCGGCAAACCGGCGACUUUCACGUGCCGGGCUGGAGAACUUUGGCGACCACUCCGACUUUUAUGGACCAAUUCUAUGAACAAUUUAGACAGCUGAAAACCAAGUGGAGCCCGUACGACCCAUCAACACAACGCCAAAAUUGGUCCGAGCAGAGUAGCACCACCGGAAGUGUUUCCACGACAUCCUCCGAAAUAGAGCGGAGAUUGUGUCGGCGUUGGCAAUGUAUCGCUGUCCUUAUUGGCUUCUCUCUGCUCGCCAUUGGCGCUGUCAUCAUUCCCAUCAUUGUUUUGGUUACCGCCGACAAGGAGGAUAUACGUGAGCAGGUCAAUAUGCGUGUGAGAAGCACGAGCGAAAAUUUCAUCUCAAAGCUUGCUAACAAUACAUCGGAGGAAUUCCGUAAUUUGUCAAACAGCUUUUGCGCAGGGGUUGAGACGAAUUGCAAGAAGUCAGGCGCUGCUGACUUCCAAGGAUGUCUUGUUACCAGCAUAGAAAAUGGCAGCAUUAUAAUCAACUUCACUAUAGUGAUAAAACGCUCAAGUGACUUCAGCGAUACGCAGCUGAAAGAAUAUAUCGGAAUACAGAACGAAAAAUCCGGUAAUAUAGGACCGUUCGUGAUCGCCGAAGUCAAUGUCACGCUGCGGAAGAAACUAGAGAAAAACGCAAAUCCGAUACCAGCCAAGCUGGCAUUCAACAACCCCUGUUCUGCAAACGACCUGUGUCUAUCAAGACUGGCAAUGUGUAUAGAUAACAAGUGCGCAUGUGAAUCACACAACUUCUACGACAAAGUAAACGAUGCAUGCCUUAGUAAGCUGGGUUUCAACAACACCUGUUCUGCAAACGACAUGUGUCUAACAAGACUUUCAUUGUGUAUAAAUAACAAGUGCACAUGUGAGUCACACAACAUCUACGACAAAGCAACCGAUACGUGCGCUAUUAUCGACUGUGGAAAAUUGGCACAUACCACGUAUAGCAACGUCACCGCAAACAGUUCGAAGUAUGGAGACAUAGGAACAAAACGAUGUCAUGAAGGAUACGAGUUCCCGGACGGAAACACAACGUGGAAUGUAACAUGCAGGACCAAUGGAACUUGGGGAAAAUUACCCGAAUGUAGCCCCGUCAACUGCUCGAUGUUCAAUUUUCCCACCAAUGCUAACAAUAAACCGAUUGAUGCUUCCAGAACACGGUACCAAGACACCAUAACUUUAACCUGCAAAAGUGGAUACAAGAUAAAUGGCCAAUCAACAGCCACCUGUCAAUCGAACAAAACGUGGAGUCAAUACGGAACAUGCGAACCGAUCAAAUGUAAAGAACUAGGUCCGAUCUCUAACAGUAAAAACAACACUAACAAAUUAGAAAAUGUUAGCUUCGGAGAGAAUAUUCCAAUUGAUUGCCUUCCAAGUUAUGUUUUGAUUGGGGGAAAAUCGGCGCAAUGUAAUGAAACAGGUGACUGGCCGGCAUUAUCAUGUCGGGCUGUUAAUUGCAAUGGCUCGACCGAUGUCGACAAUGGAUUUAUCAUGGAAGCAAAUACGUCAACGCUUAACUUCAAGUGUAAUGAAGGUCACCAAUCUACUGAUAAUAUGGUCGUUACAUGCUUCAAUGGAACAUGGGAAAAGAGGCCGAACUGCAUAAAGGUCGACUGCGGUAACAAAACGGACGUUGUCAAUGGAAAAAUUGUAUCCAAAACAGGGACAUUGUUUGGCGAUACCCAAGCAAUUGAAUGCAAUACGGGAUAUAUGAUUGAAGGCGAAAGAAAUAUCACUUGUCAGAGUAAUGGCACGUGGUCACGUGCGUCUUGUCAGAUAUUGAAUUGUGGCAAUAUCACAGUUCCAGAUGAUGCUAGUGUGUUACGCCCAAACAACGGAACAGUCUACGGUUCGGUAAAUGAAUUUGAAUGUAGAGAAGGCUAUGCACUGAAAGGGAACUCUACAGUUAAAUGUCAAAGUAAUGGCGAUUGGGAAGAUCUUCCAAGAUGUGAACGGAAAAAUUGUGGUGAAAUAAAGCCAAGAAAUUGGACUGUGCAAUACACGAAUGAUACCAAAUAUCAGAGCAUGGCCUACAUUACGUGCGAUGAGGGAUUUAGUUUAGUUGGGAAACGAAACAUAACUUGCCUCGAAGCAGGGUGGGAAGAGUUACCAAGUUGCUUCAACGCUAGCUGCAAGGAUCUACAGCCGCCAGACCACAUGCGCGUGACAGAUUAUAAAACUGUUGAAUGCGAGGAAGAUUACACACUUUUCGGAAAAAACACAAUACAAUGUUUGGCAAAUGGAACAUGGGAAAUACUUGCUGAGUGUAUCAAGUGCGAUCCAGUUAAUAUAACUAAUGGGACAUUUGUUGUUGUAACGCCUACUUUUGCGAAUGUAUCAUGUAGCGAAGGCUUUGAAUUACAGGGAAACAAUACAGCAACAUGUCGAAAGGACGGCUGGGUUAUCAAUGCAACUUGCAAACCAGUUAAGUGUCAAGAGUUUCCUUCAUUAAAUAACUCGAUCACUGACAGUAAAGGUCCUCAUGUUUAUCCAGAGGUUGUCACUCUUACAUGCGAGUCGGGUUUCGAAUUAGCAGGAAGCAAACAGGCAAAAUGUCUUGUAAAUGGUUCAUGGUUAAUAACAUCCUCAUGCAACCCAGUCCGAUGCCCAAACAACACGUCUGUCAAUGAUUCUUCAACUUCUGGCUCAGGACCAUUUAUUUAUAAAACAAUCGUACAGAUAGCAUGUAAUCUUGGUUUCAUUAUGAAAGGAAAUCAAACAGCGGAAUGCCUUGCAAAUGGCACCUGGAAUGUCAAUGCAUCUUGCGAACGCGUGUUAUGUCCGAACACUUUACCAAUAGGUAACUCUUCGUUUAAUGAUCAAUUUGAAUAUGCUUAUCAAGACGUGGUCAACAUAACUUGUAAUGAAGGUUUCAACAUGACAGGUAACAGCACGGCGGAAUGUCGCAGUAAUGGAACAUGGGGUGUGAGUGGAAUAUGUGAACGGACUCAGUGCCUUAACACUACAACAGUUAAUAACUCGUCAAUUACUUACCAAGAAACUUAUUAUUACCAAGACGUUGUCAAUAUCACAUGUCAUGAAGGUUUUAACAUGAAAGGAAACAGCGAAGCGAAAUGCCGAAGUAAUGGAACAUGGGGUGUGAAUGGAACAUGUGAACGAAUUCAGUGCCUUAACACUACAACAGUUAAUGACUCGUCAAUUACUUACCAAGAAUCUUAUUAUUACCAAGACGUUGUCAAUAUCACAUGUCAUGAAGGUUUUAACAUGAGCGGUGAUACAACUGCGAAGUGCCUUAGAGACGGAACAUGGAAUGUUAGUGGACAAUGUGAUCGAAUUAAGUGCUCCACCACAACGUUAAAUAACUCGUCAAUUAGUAACCAAGGAACGCAUUAUUAUCAAGAUGUCGUCAAUGUCACAUGUAAUAUAGGUUUUCAAAUGAAAGGUGAUGGAACUGCGCAAUGUCUAAGUGAUGGAAUGUGGAAUGUGAGUGGAACAUGUGAACGAAUUCAAUGUUCUAAUACUACAACAGUUAAUUACUCGUCAAUUACUUACAGAGAAAUAUAUUAUUACCAGGACGUCGUCAAUAUCACAUGUUAUGAAGGUUACACUUUAACCGGCGAUAGCCAAGCGAAAUGCCAUAGUAAUGGAACAUGGAAAGUGAAUGGAACCUGUGAACGAAUUCAGUGCCUUAAGACUACAUCCGUAAAUAACUCGUCAAUUAAAAGCCAAUCCCCAUUUUACUAUUUAGACAUCGUCAAUGUCACUUGUGAUGAAGGUUUCAACAUGACGGGCAAUUCAAACGCAGAAUGCCUAAUUGAUGGUACGUGGAAUGUCAGUGGAUUUUGCGAACCAGUUACCUGCCCUUUGUUCACAAUACCUGAUAAUGCUUCAAUCGCCAAUCAUAACCAAAGUCGUACGGAAUAUGUUUUCCAAGAAACAUUAACGCUAACAUGUGCGUCCGGUUAUGCCAUGAAUGGAAGAAAUAUAAGUUUUUGUCAAAGUAAUGGUACCUGGAGUAGAUUACCGUCAUGUGAAGAAGAGAACACUUGUAACGAAACAUUAAAACCAAACGUUGAAAAUGUCACGUGCGAUACAGGAUUCCAAAUUAAUAAGAGCAAACAGAUCCAAUGCCUUGGGAAUGGUUCAUGGGAUACAGGUCCGUUGUGCGACCCAGUGCGAUGUCCAAACACUACGUUUGUUAAUGACUCCUCCAUUCCUGGCACAGGUCCAUUCACUUAUACAACAAAAGUCGACAUCGUGUGUGAUCUGGGUUUCAAUAUGACCGGUAAUAAAACAGCGGAGUGUCUUGCAAAUGGCACCUGGAAUGUCAAUGCAUCUUGCGAACGCGUUUUAUGCCCUAACACUUCACCGAUAAGUAACUCUUCAAUUAAUGAUCAAUUGAAAUAUGCUUAUCAAGACGUGGUUACCAUAACGUGUAAUGAAGGUUUCAACAUGACAGGGAACAGCACGGCGGAAUGUCGCAGCAAUGGAACAUGGGGUGUUAGUGGAAUAUGUGAACGGAUUAAGUGCCUUAACACUACAACAGUUAAUAACUCGUCAAUUACUUACCAAGAAACUUAUUAUUACCAAGACGUUGUCAAUAUCACAUGUCACGAAGGUUUUAACAUGAGCGGUGAUACAACUGCGAAGUGCCUUAAGGACGGAACAUGGAAUGUUAGUGGAAAAUGUGAUCGAGUUCAGUGCUCCAACACAACGUUAAAUAACUCGUCAAUUAGUAACCAAGUAACGCAUUAUUAUCAAGAUGUCGUCAAUAUCACAUGUAAUAUAGGUUUUCAAAUGAAAGGUGAUGGAACUGCGCAAUGUCUAAGUAAUGGAAUGUGGAAUUUGAGUGGAACAUGUGAACGAAUUCAAUGUUCUAAUACAACAACAAUGAAUUACUCGUCAAUUACUAACAGUGACAAAUAUUAUUACCAAGACGUCGUCAAUAUCACAUGUAAUGAAGGUUACAAUAUAACCGGCGAUAGCCAAGCGAAAUGCCAUAGUGAUGGAACAUGGAAAGUGAAUGGAACCUGUGAACGAAUUCAGUGCCUUAAGACUGCAACAGUCAAUAACUCGUCAAUGAAAAGCCAAUCCCCAUUUUAUUAUUUAGACGUGGUCAAUAUCACUUGUGAUGAAGGUUUCAUCAUGACGGGCAAUGCAAGCGCAGAAUGCCUAAUUGAUGGUACAUGGAAUGUCAGUGGAUUUUGCGAACCAGUAAAUUGCCCUUUGUUCACAAUACCUGAUAAUGCAUCAAUAGAAAAUCUUAACCCAAGUCGUACGAAAUAUGAUUUUAAAGAAACGCUAACGCUUAUUUGUGCGACCGGAUUUCUGAUUAAUGGAAGUAAUACCACAGCAUGCCAGAGUGACGGUUCUUGGACUAUUUUACCAUCAUGUGUAGUAAUGGUAAAUUGUAUAGAAAAUGUAACGUCAGAUGGCGCGUUAUAUACUGUGCAGCCGGGCAACAACAUUCAAGGAACCAUUCGUAACGUGACAUGUCUACCGGGUCUGACAUUUCGGUCGAGUUCAGAUAGGUCCUUCGUCUGCAAUGCGAGUGGACAGUGGCAAGGGAAUCCUCAAUGCCAAGUUCCGGGCUCAGUUUCCUUCGCUCGUCAUCAAACUGAAAUCUACCAAUCGGCCGACGUGGUAUGCACCGUGAGUGAAUACACGAACUGGCAGAAAGUCAUGCUCCAACGACAAACAUCAGGCAAUGCCACUGAACUUUUCUUCAGUAUAUCGUCUAACCCACAGAGCGUUGUAAAUAACACGUCUGACGGAAUGUCCGUCAACGCUACGUCAACCAAUGACAGCGUCGUAUUGUCCAUUCAUUUUGACAACGUUACGUGUGAUGACGUUGGUCUUUACGCCUGCGUGGCGGUCGUUCCUGCGAUUGGAGUCCCAUUGAUACAGCAAGGGGACAAGACCGUGAUAGACUCGAAUAAAGGUGUUCCAAUCCUAACCAUUGACGGUGUUUCCAUUGACAACUCACUUAACAACCACAACACAACUGUGAACCCUUCCUCUGGGAACAAUCUCACGUGCGUUGUAGAAACUGGGUUGUCAACCAGUGCACUAAUACUGGAAGUGCAGUUACAAAAUGACACGAUGUUUCGUGAUAUGGCUUUGGUAAAUGGGGCAAUAACCAGAGACGGAGAGCAGUGUUUUCUUAAUAUCACCGCAGCAUAUGACAACGUUGAUUUCACAGCAGAUUACAACAUGUCUACACUUCGUUGCAGUUUGUACAUGAGAAUAGGAACAGAAUCUAUGUUACUGAAAUCGUCAAUUAAUACAACUUUAUUUUUAAAUUAAAAAUUAUGACUUUGAGCUGCGCACAUAGCAUUAAUUAUUAUGCUAGCAGGAUAUUCCACAGGCCGUUUUAGCGGCUCGGUACCGGGGCACUUGAAACCUGACUCGAAUACUCCCGGGGCGCCUAAAAAAGAAUCGUGCUUAUAUCGCUCGAGUAACACUUCCUAGUGAAUGCAUAUUUUAGAACUGAAGUACGAUGGAAAAUUUAAAAGUUGUUGAUGUGCUGAAAAGUGCGGGCAUUUGUGUGGCUGAUUAUACAAAGGUGUACAUUUCUCUGUUACACUUACAAUAUUGCAGACAAGUCGCUUAUGCAGCCAUCUAUGAGGGUGUUUAUUUCAUGUUAAAUAUUUUAAAAUAACGUUUGAUCAGGUGUCUUGAUUUUUCUGAAGUUACAAAAUAGUUUGAAUCUUUAAUUUCGUACUAUAUUUUAGAAAGAAAAUUCUAUAUGCAAUUGACCAUGUUUAUUUUGUUAGUUUUAUUGUAGUGUCCGUAUAACAGUUGUUUGUAGUGUCAAUAUGACAUGAAUACAACUAAAUAUUUGGUGAUGGUUAUUGUAUGAAAAUGAAUUUUGCUGUGUAAAUUGUGCUAUUUUCUUUGCCAUUCCUUGUUCUAAUCGUUUCAAAAAGGGAAAGGUUUUAAUAAUUAUCAUAUUUUGUUGAGUGGUUGACGAAUUGCUCGGUCUUGUUUUAUUGAUAUAUACAACAUAUAAAUGGCUUUUUGUGGGUUUUAAGUACGUGCAAUUUUCUUUUUACGAUA